UUUUACCAAAAGCUAAAAGUGUACUUAGUCACUUUGUCAUAACAAUGGCAAAUCAAUAAUUUGUUAAAUAUACACACAGUAAUCUAUAAUAUAAACACAGUUUCGCAAGUAAAAUAAUAAAUAUGUCUAAGAAAUCCGAUAAACCGCAAUUGUAUCCUCCUUCUAUGAAUCCAUCAGAACCAGAUGAAUUUGAGCGAGGACCUCCUCCUCCUUCCUAUGAAGAAUGUUUAAAAAUGAACGGUGGUGCUGGUAGUACAUCUCAUCAAUAUAUGUAUUCUAAUCCAACCGCAUAUCAACAGCAACAAGCGUUUUUGCCACCCGCUGCUUACCCAGCUCCAGGUCCAUCAAAUUAUGGUUACGCCAAUCCCUAUCAAACACAUAUUCAACAACAACAAAGCUUUUACAAUUCAGUUAAUGCCGCACCACAAUCUGCCGUUAAUAAGGUCGCAGAAAAUGUUUUAUAUUUAGCAAAAGGUGCCAAAAUAAGGACAACAGCCACCGGAGCUAUAAGUAUACCACCACCACCUCCUGGCUGUGCUCCCACACCCGGUCAAUUGGCCGCCAUGUCGGGACAACCAGUCAUGAUUAAGAAAGAGAAAAAAUCCUUUUUCUAAAUAUAUAUAGUAUAUAUUUCCAAGCUGAUACACAAAAAGUACCUUGGUAAACGGCAGUGCCUACUUUCUAUUAUAUUAUUACUUUCCAUUUAGUAGUUGUAAAUCAUUUACAUACAUACAACAUACUUACAAUAUUACGUGUUAUGAAUAAUUAUACAAAAUAUGUAUAAAUAAAUAUGGAUCAAUAAAUGUGUUAAAUAUCAUAUUAUCAAAAAA